ACACACUCCAUUUUCACCACCUUUAUUAAUUAACCUCUUCCUUUGUCUUAGUUGCCAUUCAAUUACAAUCCAUUAUUUUAUGUUCUCUCUAAUCUCACUCUUCAUUGCUCCUACUUCCAAAAUUCUUACAUAAAUUGCAUUGCACAAAGUAUUCAACAACUACAAUAGCCACUUUAACUUUUUCUCUUCAAACAUGCAAGUACUUCAUCCUUCAAUGCUAAUUGCACCCCCAAAUACGAAUGAAAAUAUCAUGAAUGAACAAAAAUCAUUUCAUGAUACAUCUUUUUUACCAUGUCAAUCUAAAAUACCCUUAGAAUUCAUUUGGCCAGAUCAUGAGAAACCAUGUUUAACACCACCAAAACUUCAUGUUCCACCUAUUGAUUUAAAAGCCUUUCUCUCUAAUGAUCCACAAGAAAUUUCAAAUGCUUGUUCAAAAGUGAACGAGGCAUGCAAAAAGCAUGGUUUUUUUCUUGUUGUUAAUCAUGGAGUUGAUAAUAAACUCAUAGCUCAAGCUCAUAAGCUUAUAGAUGAUUUCUUCUCCAUGCAACUUUUAGAGAAACAAAGAGCUCAAAGAAAAAUUGGAGAACAUUGUGGUUAUGCUAAUAGUUUUAUUGGAAGAUUCUCUUCAAAACUUCCUUGGAAAGAAACACUUUCUUUUCGUUACUCUAAUGAUAAGUCUUGUAGAAUUGUGGAAGAGUAUUUUGUAAAUGUCAUGGGAGAAGAUUUCAGGCAAUUUGGGAGUGUGUACCAAGACUAUUGUGAAGCAAUGAACAAACUCUCUCUUGAGAUCAUGGAACUUCUAGGGAUGAGCCUAGGAGUUGGAAAUAACUAUUUUAGAGAAUUUUUUGAAGGAAAUGAGUCGGUAAUGAGACUUAAUUACUAUCCACCAUGUAAAAGUCCUAAUUUAGCCUUAGGUACUGGCCCCCAUUGUGACCCUACUUCCCUAACAAUUCUCCAUCAAGAUCAAGUUGAAGGUCUCCAAGUUCUUGUGGAUGAAAAAUGGCACUCAAUUGUUCCUAAAGAUGAUGCCUUUGUGGUCAAUAUUGGUGAUACAUUCAUGGUAUGGUUCACAUUAUUACAAGGCUCUAUCAAAUGGGAUAUUCAAGAGUUGUUUGCAUAGAGCAGUUGUAAAUGACAAAAUAGUGAGAAAAUCACUUGCAUUUUUUCUAUGUCCAAGUGAAGACAAAGUGGUCACUCCUCCAAAAGAGCUAAUAAACAAAGAGAAUCCAAAGAUAUAUCCAAACUUCACAUGGCCAUGUUUGCUUGAAUUUACACAAAAACAUUAUAGGGCUGAUCAAAGAACCCUUGAUGCUUUCUCAAGGUGGCUACAUGAGAAAAACAACUAAAAUUAGAGGUGCCCCCACAUUUGUCAUAUAUUGCAAAGAAAAAGAAAAUAUUAUAAACUUGGAUAUUUUAACUUAAGGAAGAUGACAUCACAUAAAGUGAAAAGAGGGUGUGCUUUUGAUGAGAAGAAGGUAAUAGAAAACACCAAUGAAUAUGCCAACUUUGUAAUUAGUGCUCUAGUUUUAAGUAUUGAAAGAAUCCUAAUUAUGCAAAUGGAGGAAAUGGAAAAACCAUAUUCGUUGGAAUAAAGAGUUCAAUAAUGCUUGUUGUGUAAUGAUCAUGUUCUAUUCUUGUCAUUACAAAAGUA